GCUGUCUAUGGAGAACCCUUGUUCCUGAACGGGUAGGCCUUGUCGAGGGCAGCGCGCAUCGGACGUGUGUCCGAUAGGCGAGGGUAGAUGGCGGCCUGGCGAAUCGGAUUCACGACAUUGUCGCUCGGAGGAGGCGAGGCCGCUGCCUGGAGGCCGCUACGGCGCCGCGCGCUCCUACUCAGAAGCUUGGACCCUGCGCUGACCCUGCCUCAACUCUGCUUGCCCGACGCCGGCGGCUCGAUCGGGUCGAUCUAUCUACCGCUACCAAUCCGCCGCGUCCCUUCAUACGCGGGGACUACUGCACGUUGCGCGCACGGUAGAGUUCAACACGACCGAUUUCCCAGCGAUAAUCGCUCGACUAUCGGCGCGAAGGCGCGCGAGUGCCUGUGCUGACCAUGCAGUUCAACUCUGCACGUGACCGUGGUAUGGCGGCGAUAUCGGCAACGGUGGUUUCCGCUGUUUUUGAUUCGUUCUUCAUUUUGGAAUUCUUCCGCUCGAUUGCCGCGCGCC